GGAACAGGAGAGAGACAGUCAGACACUCUCAGUCCUAGAGUGUAUGACCAAGAAAGAGGACAGGGAGAUAUCGGACAGCAGAGAGGAGAGAGGAGUGCAGACCCAGCAGGUUAUGAAGAGGAUUAGUAGGAGUAGAUCGUCAGAGCAGACCUAGAUUAGCUGAGCUAGCUGACCUGGUGGAAUACAGCACAGAAGGCAACCAUCUUCACUUGGGCCAACUUGGGCCAAUAUCUGGAGGACCAGAUCAGGUUGGGAGUACAGUAGCUGGCUGGCUGAGGAGGCCAUUUUAGCGACCGACUUCACUACAUCCAAACUUUCCAGGUAGAGUCAAGAUGGCGGACAGUGGUGGCGAACCGAACCUGCAGUCCUACAUUAUGGACGAGGAAACUCUGAAGAGAAAGCAGAAGGAGAAGCUAAAGAAGCUCCUGGCCACUGGAGGAAACCCUCGGCCUGCGCGAUCCCUCUUCUUCCUCACGUUGAAGAACCCUUUCCGAAAGGCUGCCAUUAACAUCGUGGAAUGGAAACCGUUCGAGAUCAUCAUCCUGCUGACCAUCUUUGCCAACUGUGUGGCCCUGGCUGUGUUUCUUCCCAUGCCUGAUGAGGACAGCAACAACACCAACAGUAACCUGGAAAGUCUGGAGUACAUCUUCCUCAUCGUGUUCUCCAUAGAGUGCUUUCUAAAGAUAGUAGCCUAUGGAUUUCUAUUUCACGAGAAUGCAUAUCUACGGAACUGUUGGAACAUACUGGACUUUGUCUGUGUGUCUGUGGGGCUAUUCGCAGUCAUCGGUGACUCCAUCACCUAUAUCAGUGGUGUGGAGGCUCAACCAGGGGAGAAGGGAGGAGGCUUCGAUAUGAAGGCCCUCAGAGCGUUCAGGGUGCUCCGGCCCCUCAGGCUUGUCUCUGGAGUCCCCAGCCUGCAGGUGGUGAUGAAUUCCAUCCUGAAGUCCAUGCUACCUCUGUUCCAUAUCUCCCUGCUGGUCUUCUUCAUGGUCACCAUCUAUGCUAUCGUGGGACUGGAGCUCUUCAAGUGCAAGAUGCACAAAACCUGCUACUACACAGGCACAAAUAUCAUAGCCAUAGUGGAGAAUGAGAAGCCCUCUCCUUGUGCCCAGGCUGGUAACGGUCGGCGUUGCACCAUCAACGGGACAGAGUGUAGGGCAGGCUGGGCCGGACCCAACAACGGCAUCACACACUUUGACAACCUGGGCUUCGCUAUGCUCACUGUCUACCAGUGCAUCACUACCCAGGGCUGGACCGACGUGCUCUACUGGGUGAAUGAUGCUAUAGGUAUGGAGUGGCCGUGGAUGUAUUUUCUGACUCUCAUCUUGGUUGGCUCCUUCUUUGUGCUCAACCUGGUCCUGGGCGUGCUCAGUGGUGAAUUCACUAAGGAGCGAGAGAAGGGUAAAGCGCGUGGAGAGUACACAGAGAUGAGGGAGACCCAGCAGCUGGAUGAGGAUCUGAAGGGCUACAUGGAGUGGAUCACACAGGCCGAAGUCAUGGACGCCGACGGGGAGGGACAGGGCCUGCUACCCCUGGAGGAUGGAGAAUCCGAGGCAGGGAGUCUAAAGGACAUGGACACCAUGCAAAAAAUGAUGUACUACUACAAGCUUGCUCGUAAAUGGAACAUUUUCUUCCGGCGUAAGUGUCUUGUGUAUGUGAAAUCCCGUAUGUUCUACUGGUGGGUGAUCUUUCUGGUGUUUCUGAACACGCUGGCCAUCGCUACUGAACACCACAAGCAGUCCCAGCAACUCACUGAGUGGCAAGACACUGCCAACAAGGUUCUGUUGUCUCUGUUUGCCAUUGAGAUGUUUAUAAAGAUGUACGCUCUGGGCAUGCAGCAAUACUUCAUGUCUCUGUUCAACCGCUUCGACUGCUUCGUGGUCUCCACCGGCAUUCUGGAACUCAUCCUGGUCCGCAUGGAUGUCAUGACCGUCAUGGGCAUCUCCGUGCUGCGCUGCAUUCGACUGCUAAGGCUUCUCAAAGUCACCAAGUACUGGACAUCUCUCAGUAACUUAGUGGUAUCCCUGCUGAACUCCACAAAGUCCAUCGCCUCUCUGCUCCUCCUCCUCUUCCUCUUCAUCGUCAUCUUCUCCCUGCUGGGCAUGCAGGUGUUCGGAGGCAAGUUCAACUUCCCCAACCAGCCCAAACCCCGCAGCACCUUUGACAGCUUCCCCCAGGCCCUCAUCAGUGUCUUCCAGAUCCUGACGGGGGAGGACUGGAACGCUGUGAUGUAUGAUGGCAUCAUGGCACAUGGCGGUCCCACCAUGCCCGGGAUCCUCGUCAGCAUCUACUUCAUCAUCCUCUUCGUCUGCGGAAACUACAUCCUGCUGAAUGUGUUCCUGGCCAUCGCCGUGGACAACCUGGCGGAGGCCGAGAGUCUGACCAUGGCCCAGAAGGAGAAGUCUGAGGAGAAAAAACGCAAGAAGCUGCUCAGGGCUAACAUGCCUGACAAGGCCACAGAGGAGAAGGCCCUCCUGGCCAAGAAGCUGGCAGCAGAGAGGGCUAAAAUAGAGGGCAUCCCUACUACAGCCAAGUUGAAAGUAGAUGAGUUUGAGUCCAACGUGAAUGAGAUCAAGGACCCCUUCCCCCCUGCUGACUUUCCUGGUGAUGAUGAGGAGGAAGAGCCUGAUAUCCCUGACGCCCCGAGGCCCCGACCAAUGGCAGACCUGCAGCUGAAGGAGGAGGUGGUGCCUAUUCCAGAGGCCAGCUCCUUCUACAUCUUCAGCCCUCAGAACAAGUUCCGUAAGCUGAGCCACCGCAUCAUCAACGCCACCACCUUCACCAACACCAUCCUCCUCUUCAUCCUCCUCAGCAGCAUCUCCCUAGCCGCCGAGGACCCCAUCGACCCCAUGUCCUUCAGGAACCAGGUGCUGGCCUCCGCUGAUGUUGUCUUCACCUCAGUGUUCACUGUGGAAGUUGUCCUCAAGAUGACCGUAUAUGGCGCCAUAAUGCACCCUGGCUCCUUCUGCCGGAACUCCUUUAAUAUCCUGGAUCUGAUAGUUGUCACCGUAUCCCUCCUCUCCAUGCUCAUGGAAUCCAGUGCUAUCUCUGUGGUGAAGAUCCUCAGGGUGUUAAGGGUGCUGAGGCCCCUAAGGGCCAUCAACAGGGCCGAGGGCCUCAAGCAUGUGGUCCAGUGUGUUUUUGUGGCCAUCAAAACCAUCGGCAACAUUGUGCUGGUCACCAUGCUGCUAGACUUCAUGUUCGCCUGCAUUGGAGUCCAGCUCUUCAAGGGCCAAUUCUACUCCUGCACAGAUCCUGACAAAAUGACAGAGGAGGAGUGCAAGGGUAACUACAUUAGGUACCAGGAAGGUGCCUUCCAUCCAAUGACGAUCCAUAAGAGAGAGUGGAUCAACUCAGAGCUCAACUUUGACAACAUCCUCGAGGGCAUGCUGGCUCUCUUCACUGUCUCCACCUUCGAGGGCUGGCCAAAGCUGCUCUACAAGGCCAUAGACUCUAACAUGGAAGAUGUUGGCCCCAUCUACAACAACCGUGUUGCCAUCUCCAUUUUCUUCAUCAUCUAUCUCAUCCUCAUCGCCUUCUUCAUGAUGAACAUCUUCGUCGGAUUCGUCAUCGUUACAUUUCAGGAGCAGGGAGAGCAGGAGUACAAGAACUGUGAGCUGGACAAGAACCAGCGUGCGUGUGUUGAGUACGCCCUGAAAGCCCGGCCGCUGCGCUGCUACAUUCCUAAGAACCAGUAUCAGUACAAUGUGUGGUACAUUGUCACUUCCUGCUACUUUGAGUACCUCAUGUUCCUGCUCAUCAUGCUCAACACCAUGUGUCUGGGGAUGCAGCACUGUAACCAGUCAACCCAUGUGACCGACCUGUCUGACAUGCUGAACGUGAUCUUCACUGUGCUCUUCACUGUGGAGAUGGUCCUCAAACUCAUGGCCUACAAAGCUAAGGGUUACUUUGGGGACCCAUGGAACGUCUUUGACUUUGUCAUCGUCAUCGGCAGCGUUGUUGACGUCAUCCUGAGUGAGGUCGAUGCAGCCCUGGCCUCCUCUGGAGGACUGUACUGUCUCCACGGCUGCGCUGAGGUGAACCCAAUGCAAGCCAUAGCGGAUUCUGAAAAUGCCCGUGUGUCAGUCACCUUCUUCAGACUGUUCCGUGUGAUGCGUCUAGUGAAACUGCUGAACCGUUCUGAGGGUAUCCGGAAUCUUCUGUGGACCUUCAUCAAGUCCUUCCAGGCUCUGCCCUACGUCGCCCUGCUCAUCCUCAUGCUGUUCUUCAUCUACGCUGUUGUUGGGAUGCAGAUAUUUGGUAAGAUAGCGCUGGUAGACGGGACUCACAUCAACAGGAACAACAACUUCCAGACCUUCCCCCAUGCUGUGCUGCUGCUCUUCAGGUGUGCGACAGGUGAGGCGUGGCAGGAAGUGAUGUUGGCAUGUCUGUAUGGGAAGAGGUGUGACCCUAAGUCAGACUACCUGCCUGGGGAGGAGAUGACCUGUGGAGCCAGCUUCGCUAUCAUCUACUUCAUGAGCUUCUACAUGCUCUGUGCCUUCCUGAUCAUCAAUCUGUUUGUGGCUGUCAUCAUGGACAACUUUGACUACCUGACCCGUGAUUGGUCCAUCCUCGGCCCUCAUCACCUGGACGAGUUUAAGAAGAUCUGGGCAGAGUACGACCCAGAGGCCAAGGGACGUAUUAAGCACCUGGACGUGGUGACUCUGCUGCGUAGGAUACAGCCUCCUCUGGGCUUUGGAAAGUUCUGCCCCCAUAGAGUGGCCUGCAAGAGACUGGUGUCCAUGAACAUGCCACUCAAUAGUGAUGGAACGGUCACCUUUAACGCUACACUGUUCGCACUGGUCAGGACCGCACUGAAGAUUAAGACUGAAGGUAACUUUGAGCAGGCCAAUGAGGAGCUGAGGGCCAUCAUCAAGAAGAUCUGGAAACGCACCAGUAUGAAGCUGCUGGACCAGGUCAUCCCACCAAUCGGAGAUGAUGAGGUGACCGUGGGGAAGUUCUACGCCACCUUCCUGAUCCAGGACUACUUCAGGAAGUUGAAGAAGAGACAGGAGGAGUAUUAUGGCUUCCGCCCCACCAAGAAGAACGCCUCCAACGAGAUACAGGCGGGUCUGAGGAGCAUUGAGGAGGAGGUGGCUCCAGAGUUGCAGAGAGCCAUCUCGGGAGACCUGAUGAACGAGGAGGAGAUGGACAGAGCCAUGGAGGAUGCAGCGGAGGAAGGCAUCUUCAGGCGGGCGGGCGGUCUGUUUGGGAACCACGUUGAUUCCUUCACCAUGGAGGAAGGAACCCAUAACCCUAACGCUACACAGGUGACCAGCCAGCGGCCCCUGCAAAUGAGCAUGUCAGACGAGGGGGAGGCGACCAGCUCACCUGCCUACCAUGCAAACGAGGACUUCUUCCCAACAAAGCCUAACAAAACCAACAACAACAAUGUCAACAACAACGCCGGGGAGAGCUUUCCCAAUGAGACAGAUGACAGGGUACAGGUCUAUACCAUCUCAACCAGCAGAAGCCCCCGAGACACCACAGACUGGCAUCUGCAGACAGUAGCUGGACCCAGCCAGGACCCUGAGACUCCCAGAGAGACCCCCAGCCCCCAGCAGGCCCAAGCACAGGCCCCAGACAGCUCCUUCGACACACUCAUACAGGAGGUCCUGAUAAACGGGGGGUUGGAGAGCUUGGCCAGGGACCCUCGUUUUGUGUCGGUGGCGAAACAGGAAAUGGCCGAAGCUUUGAACUUUGACCCUGUGGACAUGGAGAGUUCCGCCACUGAGCUUAUGAAUGGUCGCAGAGGGAGGGUCGCCACACCUCCAAUCAGGCCCCCUCGCAGAUCACAGAGAAAGGCCAACAAAUCAACACCCACCGAUCUUGUGUAGGCCAAUAGGCCUGUCCCGCAACGCAGCAUGUCAUCGAGUGACAUAACGUGCUGAGGCAUUAAAUGCCACAUUCUACAAAUAGGACAGUCCUUAUUGGGUGCCUUCAUAGCGAAUGAUAUCAUCUGAAUGGUUAAGCAGGCUUUAUGGCACCUGUGACUUCAUUGUUGUGGUGUUAUUCUGAUUUUGGAUGAUUUCUCUCUUGGUUGAUUUAAAGAGUAAAUACUCUUCCUGGUCAAGAGCAGACUUUCUUUACCAUGUUUAUUUUGUUCACAGUACAGACUACUGUGCAGACUUACGUUGAGUUCAGGCGAACAUCACGUUGUCCCGACUAACAUGUUCUUUAGUCUCAACUUCAGGAAGUUUUUCUGGCAUAAAAGGUUGGCCCUGUUUGAAAACUAGUGUCCUUCCCUGUUCCCUCGCAUCCUUGAAGUAAUCACUGAUCCACCGAUAGUUGGGUAGGUGCUGAAUAUGGUUGUGUCAGUGAUUAGCUCAUGGAGGGAGGGAAGGGUGUGCUUUCUAAGUAUUCUUGCAGGGUCAGGAUGUUACUUUUCAGGGGGUAUUCUUUGAGUUCUGUCAUGAUGACAAGGCAAGACAUGGCUGGACCAGGAUGUUUUUGGGCUGAAUCUUGUCUACAGUGUCCAUAUAAGGACAAUCUCUGUAGGCUAUAUGGAGAAAGCUAACGUGCAUGUUCAAGAUACACAGAUUCUGCCCAGGUCUCCACAUAUCAACAUAUCUUCACAAUACCUAGAUUUUUUUUGUUGCUUUAAUUAUCCUACAUCUCAAACAUGUACAUAAUCUCUAGUAUGGACCGUAUGGAUGACCCUGUAGUGUAAAAUGGGAGAAAGGCCUUGUGGCGUAGGGUAGCCACUAGCUGGCGAUGCUACAGUAGAAUGAAACAAAGUGCAGAUAAGAGGAUGUGGUUAAAGAUGAGGAUGAAUGGCAAGUUUAGGGACAGUGGUUGGAAUCGUAUUUGUGGCUAGAAAGUGUGUAUGAGUCAGAUAUGGACAACUUAUGGUGUAGUAUACCAGGGGUGAAAAGUCAUCUCUGUUGAUGCCAUUUUGUCUGUUAUUCUCUUUUCAAAAUUAUCAUUCAUUUUCUUUCUGUGGUAGGCCUUUUGGUUGAAACCUACAGCCUCUUUUGUGAAAAUGUCCUUUUUGAUUAUUCAUUAUUGUUUCAGUCUAAAAUAGAUUAGGUUGUAUUUUGAGAGGUAGCAGUAUGUCACUUAAAUUGUAUUUUUAAUGAUGAAUCUGUUAUUUGGUUUAAUAAAGGCUAAAUAAAAUAGCUGUAAUGUGAUGAAGGCAAAAUAGAAGGCAAAGUAAAAACGUGAAUCCCAAAAGGUUUUGAAUGAUAAAAUCAGUUGUUCCCACUGAGCUUUUUAAACAGAGGUGCUUUGCAUUCAUCUAUAAUAUGUACUACUGCCAUCAACUUUUUAUCAGACAUUUUGUCAUGGUCAUUUUGAUAACAUUAUUUGAGACAUUUUAUUGUUUUCUCUCUGUUUCUGUUUCAGUAUUGUUUCUCUAAAGUUUCAACCAUGUCAUCCCAAUAAAAAAUAUUUUAUAAAGUGAGAA